CGCACACUUUCCACUCUCUCUUAGCGCGCGGCGCUCGUGAACUGCUCCGUGGGUCGCGCGCUCUUGAGGGUCUCGCGCUUCUUCAUUCACGGAGCGGAGGCGGGAGUCGCUCGGUCUGUCUCGGUGAGCAGAAGACAAGAGUUCACCGACGAGCAGAUUAAACUCGCUCUCGUCCACUGUGGAGCAGACUUCGGUACAUUUGAGAGUUUCACUCGAGUUUCAUUCAGCUAUACUGAGAGCUACUAGAGUUUGAGCAGCUGUUCUCCAUCAGUUUACCGCUGGAGAUCCUCCUCUGACAGAAGACGUUUAAAAACUCACUUUGUGAGCCUUUCACUGCGCGUUAUAGUUGCAGACAUGGAUAAAUACGAUGAUCUGGGACUCGAGGCGAGUAAAUUCAUCGAGGACUUGAACAUGUACGAAGCAUCGAAGGACGGCUUAUUUCGCGUGAAGAGAGAUGCGGGAAACAACCCGGAUUUUGAAGAAACCAGGAAAGUUUUUGCCUCGAAAAUGACCAAAAUACACAUGCAGAAGCAGCAAGAGGAGAUGGCAAGAAACAGGAUCAAUGGAAGUCACUCGAAAGUGUCAGAUAACACAUUUUAUACCAAAGACAGACCCAUCAAUAGUUAUAGACAGGGUGGUGAAGCAGCAGCCAAACCACCCAUCAUGUCUGGACCGGUGGCUGGCACUGCAAAUGUGACUCCAUACAUAUCUUAUGAAGGACAAAAGCAUCAUUUUGCCAGCUUACCUGAUGGAUCCAGCAACAGGGUAUAUGACAUUAAGGAGACUGGGAAUGCUGUUAACCCAAUACCAGUGCCAGCCCGAUCGGCACCCUCUACCAGCCCCCCUGGCACAUGGGCAUCAAGAAGUGUUUACCCGUCUCAGACGCCAUCAUCUCCUUUCUCCAACAGUUCCUCCUCUUCCAGCUCACCUGGAGCAGGUCAGAAUUAUUCUCCAGUGUCUCAGGGAUUCCCUCAAACAGGGAAGUCUCCCUCUCAGUCGCCCACAGGAACGUACAUGGAUGCAGAUCACCAGCCGCAACAAGUUAGCCCUGUUCGGCACUGCCAAGGAGACUCUGACCAUUGGUCUGCCAGUGGACCGACGUAUCAAAACGGGGGAGCUCAAAAUAUUGGCACCCCCUCCUCUACCCAGGUGACCCAACCUCCAUUGUCUCAUGGAGGGAAGCAAGGUGAGCCAUCCCAACCCAAGAGCCCUGCACCCGGUAACCUGACAGUGCCUGCUUCUGCCCCAGUUGAGUCGCCCCAUGAUGAGUCUUCCAGCCCUUCUCGGGUGCUCAAGCUGCCAUGCCAGACCCUCCAUGUACAGACGGAUCAGGGGCCAUCUGUGGCUGAAAUUAAAUUAGAAGCUCUUACUGAACGCCUGGAAAAGGAGAUGGACGCCCAGCCAAAGGCUGAGUACUUUGGCAGCUGUGUGAAGUGCAGUAAGGCAGUGUAUGGAUGGAGUCAGGCGUGUCAGGCCAUGGGCAGCCUGUACCACGACAGCUGCUUCACCUGCAGCGCUUGCAGUCGAAAGCUCAGAGGGAAAGCCUUUUACUACGUUUGUGGGAAAGUGUUUUGUGAAGAGGACUUUCUGUACUCUGGGUUCCAGCAGUCUGCCGACAAAUGCAACGUAUGUGGACAUUUAAUCAUGGACAUGAUCCUGCAGGCGUUGGGAAAGUCUUAUCACCCAGGCUGCUUCCGCUGCGCCAUCUGUAACGAGAGUCUGGAUGGAGUGCCUUUCACUGUGGACACGGAGAACAAGAUCUACUGCGUGAAGGACUAUCACAGAGUUCUUGCACCUAAAUGUGCAGCAUGUAAUCAGCCAAUCCUGCCCUCUGAGGGAUCAGAUGAAACCAUUCGAGUGGUUUCCAUGGACAAGGACUACCACGUGGAGUGCUAUCACUGUGAGGACUGUCAUGUGGAGCUGAAUGAUGAGGAGGGUCACCGCUGUUAUCCUCUGGACGGACACCUGCUGUGUCACGCGUGUCACCUCCAACACAUGGACCCUGCUGCUAGCAACUACCACAGCCAGUUUUAAACAUCUGCCACCCCCCAGUGAGUGCUCAGAGACAUCACCGUUCGCCAAAG